CAUUUUGAUAUAAUAAAAUGAAAGAGUUUAAGACAAAAGGAACAUUGCUCACACCAAGAAGAGCAUUCAUCGGAUUUACUAUAAUGACUAUGAUUGGUUUUGUCCAGUUCAUUCUGACCUUCAUUGACACUAUCCAUCUGCUUGGCUUUAUCUUUGGAACUUUAACUAUGUUUGGAGCUCUCUCUGGGAUAUUUAUAUGCUUGUUCUGUUAUAGAAACAAAAUAUUCAAAUACCUCCCCAUGAUUUUCUACAUCCUUGUGAUUUUCUCAAUUGUAUCUUUUAUUUUCACAAUUACAAAAUUUGUACUCAUCGCUAAGAGGCCACGAACCAGGGAGUCCAUCAGCGGUGAAUACAAAGGCCCUCACUCUUUUGACACUCUGAGAUAUAUGUACGAUACAUUUUCAGUGAGAAACAACUUUGACCUCGACUAUUUGACUCAUGAUUCGUUCUCUAAACCACAUGAUCAAACAAUAAUGAGUGAAAUGAGAGAUUGUGUUAAGAAAGGCCAUCAGAUGAAACUUAUGAAAACCUUUAAAGCUGGCAACUCUACUGUUGCAUAUUGGAUCACAAACACAGAUUGGUCUGGCUUUGUAGCACAUGAUAUCGAGUUCAAUGUCAUCACUGGAGAAAUCAUCACCAAAGAUAGAUUCUCAGGAAACCGGAUCAGACAAGACUAUGCUGAACAUUUCAAGAGUUGUUUUGGAUAAUCAAUCCCAAGGGAUAUCCGAG